GAAAUAAAAACACUGAUGACACUUUUUGAACAGAGAGCCGACAGAGAGRCAUUCAAACACAGCUGCAUGCUUGUUUUAAAGUGUAAUGCUAUAUUUAGUCAGAUUUAUUUGAGUGCAUCACAUGUGCCAGUAGGGGGCAGAGUUUUACCAAACAUGGUGUGCUGCUCCUCCAUGCUGCUGAUCUGUUUUCUGAUUAAACAAACAUUAGACUUAUGCUGUGAUAAUGUUGUCAUAAGUAAGCAAACAAACAAAUCAGAUGACAUAUUAGCAUAAAAUGCCAUUAAUUGACAUCAGGGCCGUGUGAUUGACAGAGCCGUAAUACAGCUGUUAUAAUAACCGUAAUACACGACAUAUCGGCGCACCAAUCAGUUGCCGAGGAGCUGAUUGGGUCUGCUACCCCACACCGACUGACUGGGACAGCAGCUGAAGGGAAAGCGGACGGACAUCUGCGAAACACAGCGAGCCAUCCAGCCAGCCCUCCUCCUCCUCGGUGUCCCGCUGCAGGGAGACAUGGCCGGGAUCCUGGCGUGGUUCUGGAACGAGAGGUUCUGGCUCCCCCACAACGUCACCUGGGCUGAUUUGAAGAACACGGACGAGGCGACGUUCCCGCAAGCCGAGGACCUGUAUCUGGCGUGUCCUUUAGCCUUCUGCAUCUUCAUGAUCCGGCUGGUUUUUGAAAGGUUUAUUGCAAAACCAUGCGCCAUGGGUCUAAAAAUCCAAGCCAACGGGCCUCAAAAGGCACAACCAAACGCCAUCCUGGAAAAGGUUUUUACUGCUAUAACCAAGCAUCCAGACGAGAAGAGACUGGAAGGCCUGUCCAAGCAGCUCGACUGGGAUGUGCGCACCAUCCAGCGUUGGUUCCGGCAGCGGCGCAACCAGGAGAAGCCGAGCACUCUCGCCAGAUUCUGUGAAAGCAUGUGGAGAUUUACAUUCUACUUGUACAUAUUUACUUAUGGAGUACGUUUCCUUAAAAAGACUCCAUGGUUGUGGAACACUAAAGAGUGCUGGUACAACUACCCUUACCAGCCACUGACUGUGGACAUCCAUUACUAUUAUAUACUGGAGCUGUCUUUCUACCUGUCGUUACUCUUUUCUCGGUUCACAGACAUCAGGAGGAAGGAUUUUCUGAUCAUGCUCUUGCACCACGUGGCCACCAUCUCUCUCAUCAUAUUUUCCUACGUGAACAACAUGGCACGAGUGGGAACGCUGGUCAUGUGUCUACACGACGCAGCAGAUGUUCUGAUAGAGGCUGCCAAGAUGGCCAACUACGCCAAGUGUCAGAUACUGUGCAACCUCCUGUUUGCAAUGUUUGCAAUUCUCUUCAUAAGUUCCAGGCUGGGAGUUUACCCCGUCUGGAUUUUAAAUACCACUUUGUUUGAAAGUUGGGAAAUCGUUGGGCCCUACCCGUCCUGGUGGGUCUUCAACCUUCUUCUACUCCUGCUGCAGCUUCUGCACUCAUUCUGGUCCUACCUCAUAGUGAAGACUGCUUGCAGAGCCAUCUCCAAAGGAAAGGUGGGGAAAUGGAAUCCUUUACAUGUGUCUAAAGACGACCGCAGCGACAUCGAGUGCAGCUCCGACGAGGACGAACGGCCCUCGCCCAAUCAGAAGCACCACAGCAGCGCCACCAACGGAACCAACAAAAACGGGACCAACGGCUACCUGACGGGAGCGCCGUAUCUCGACGAACACUGACUGAUGCUGCUCAAAUGGAGCCGUGCCACAGACACUAUCYGUUCAUMAGUGUGUGUGUGUGUGUGUGUGUGUGWGWGAGAGAGAGAGAGAGAGAGAGAGGGUGUGUGUGUGUCUGUACAUGUGUGAAUUUAAGUGUAUGGUGACGACAUGAACAACAUCCCCUCAUCAUCAUCUCUUCACAUCAAAUCUUGAUAGAUUUAUGUGAACUCAGUUUUUUCUCUGGUUCUUUCUAYGAAUUUUGUUGCACAGUCUAUAAAUAUUUGCAUCAAACACUCAUCAAAAAAUCAAAAAUUAUCAGUAUGACCCACUGUUUAGCCAACAAACAACAUUUGACUAUAAUUUACGCAUGCUUCACGAACCUAUAGCUUGGUAUCCUGCAGACCAUGUUUUCUCAUACAUUUUCUUUUUAAAUGUUAUUUAAUUUAUACUGUUAUGUUUACAGACUAUAGUCAGACAUCUCCUCGUCUUUGAUGCCAUUGUAAUAAAUUUAAACAACACAGCUGUUUUUUGUUUGUUUGUUUGUUUGUUUUCCCAUAAAGCAUUGUAUAUUGUGUAUUAGCAAAAUGCUGAAGAUCUGGAUUCACUUUUUUUGCAUCGCCACCCAAAAAUCUGCCAAAACAGUGAGAUUGGUGUCACUCACAAAUGGAUGUUAACGUGAAGUUUACACACAUCUGAUAAUACAAACCAUGAGAUGUCAAUAUAGUUGUGUGUGUGCGAAAGUGCGYGCGCGUGUGUGUGUGCAUCAGAUAUGGCUAAAUGCUGUAUUCCUUAUUGAAUCAUUUUGUUUGGUAUUCUGAUACAUUUCUGGUGAUCAUUAAAUUAAAGGCAAUUUGUCCUCUAAUGAGGUAGAUAUGAGUUUGGAUACUUCAAUUAAAAAAUGAUGACAGCAAA